AUGGAGAACGACGUUAGCGUGUCGCUAGUCGAUCAAGAUGUGGAUGAGGAUUUAUUAGAAUACGAUGAGGGGAAAAAUGAAUCAAGUAAUUACGAUGAUGGCGGUAGAAACGGUUUAGUGAAUGUCGUGUCUGAAGAUGAUAUUCGUAAAGCUGCCGAGGUCCUUUUGCAAAAACCUUCACCCAAGGUUUUUUUGAAAUACCAUGAGGACACCUUUUUUCUUUUCGAUUGCAAUAAUGAUCCUGAUAAUAAUGAAGAUGAAGAGGUAAUUCCCAUCAUAUUGGAAGACCCUAAGGAAAUUCAUCAAAACUUCACUAACUUGUUCGUUUCGAUACGCCAUUUUUUAGAAAGUUAUUAUGGUAAGCUUGCCUUCAUGUCGAAAGAAAUACUCUUCGACAUACCAUCUCUCGAUAUAAAGCUUUGCGAAGAUAACGUCUACAAUAGCCAAAUUACAUUCAAUGAUAUUCACACAAUUUUCAGCAUUCUAAAGGAGAGGUCUGAUGCUGAAUCAGAGACUGAGGUGCCACCUUUUCUGGAAGCUCUGAUCACGACAAGAACACGCUUUGUUUCUCGCUACAACGCUCUUGUGGAGCUCGCUCAAAGCAGCGGUACAUUCAAAAAUAUACAGCCAUUUAGCAAUGACAAGACGCAUCCUUUGAUAUUAGAUGAUGGAGUUGGUGCACCUGAAAGUCAAGUGAUCAUAAUGAGCGUAGAUGACGAGAAUGUGCCAAUGCAAGAUGUUGAGCUAGCAGAAACGCGCACAACAGGUCAGGAUUCGGAUGAAUUGCUCGAAAUAGUGGAGAACGAAUCUGAGACUAUUGAGAGGAAAUGA